AUGGAAAAUAAAGAUAAUAAAAGAAGAGGGUUUUUGAAAAAUUGGAAUAUUAAUUAUUUGUCAACAAAUUUUAAUAAUCUUAUUAAACAUAACGAAAACACACAUAAUACAAAACAUGAUCAAAAAAAUGAACAUGUUGAUGAUAACAAAACAAAUAAAAUAUAUGAUAUUAACGAAAAUAUAAAAUUUAUUAAAGAAAAAGAAAUAAUGAGAGAAAAUAAUAAAAUCGAUGUAAAUAAUAAUAUUAAUAUAAAUUUAUCAUCUUCUUUAUCUAAUAAAGGAUAUUAUGAUUCAAUAAAUCAUAAUGUUAAAGAUUGUAUAAAUGUAAUGAAUGAUUCUAAUACCACUACUACUACUACUACUACUACUACUACUACUAAUAAUAAUAAUAAUAAUAAUAAUAAUAAUAAUAAUAAUAAUAAACCUACUUCCUAUUUGGAUUUCUGUGAAGCAUGGUCCAAAUUUAAAUUUAGGAAUUUGGCUAGUCAUGCAAAUGAUCAAAUAAACAAAGACAAACAAAGUUAUAACCAUGGAGAAUCACAAGGUAAUAUUCAAAAUAUUGGACUUGGAAAUAAAAAUUCAUGUGAUAAUAAAGGUUUGUUAAAUUGUAAUAUGGCACAUAAUAAUUCCAACAUUAAUUAUUUGAAUAAUCAUAAUAAUAUAAAUAAUUGUAUUAAUCGUGAUAAUAACAAUAUUGACCAUAAUAAGAGAAAUAAUUAUCAUAAUAAUAAUAAUAAUAAUAAAAAUAAUUGCAGUAGUAAUAAUAGUAGUAAUAAUAAUAGUAGUAGUAAUAACAACAAUAAUAACGGAAAUAAUAGUGAUAAUCAUAAUAAUGAUAAUGGUAAUCAUUUUAAUCGUCAUAAUAAUUUUAAUAAUAAUCAUAUGAAUAAUUAUAAUGGUCAUAAUAAUAAUAAUAAUGAUGAUGAUGAUAAUGGUGAUCAUAGCGACAAUAAUAACGAGAAGAAUAAUAAGUUUUACAAAAAUAACGAUGGCUCAUCUGUUUCCUCAUCCUCUUCUGUGUCCUCAUCAUCCUCAUUUAUUUCAAACGAUUCUUAUGCAGCAAAGAAUCCAAAAACAAAUAAUGAACAAUGUAAGAGGAAAAAAAAAAAAAAAAAGGAAAGAGAAAAAGAAAAUAAUAAUAACCCCCCUGAUAUGGACACGUAUAAUAGUAAUAUUAGUGUAAUGAAUAAUAUGAAUAGUAUGAAUAAUAUGAAUAAUAACAUGGAAAGUAAUAUGAGGACCGAUGUAAAUGUACAUCAUAAUAAUAUGAAUAGAAGAAAUAGUUUUAAUAAUAGUUCUAAUUUACAACAUACUUAUAAUAAUAAUUACAAUCAGUAUGAUCAUAAGAAUUCAAAUGAUAGUUAUACAAGAAAUGAAAGAAGAAAUAGCUUAAAUAAUUAUAAUUUCAGAAAGCCUUCUUUGAAUCCUAAUAAUGAAUUUUACAAUAAUAAUGAUUAUUCUAGUGAUUUAAUAAAUUCACAUCCUAUUAAUUAUUCAAAUGUUCCAGAAUCUAAUUAUAAUAUGAAUCAUCCUAUUCAUCAUAUGAAUAGUGCAAGUCAUGGUAUGAGCAAUAAUACAAGUCAUGGUAUGAGCAAUAAUACAAGUCAUGGUAUGAGCAAUAAUACAAGUCAUGGUAUGAGCAAUAAUACAAGUCAUGGUAUGAGCAAUAAUACAAGUCAUGGUAUGAGCAAUAAUACAAGUCAUGGUAUGAGCAAUAAUACAAGUCAUAGUAUGAACAAUACUAGUCAUAGUAUGAACAAUACUAGUCAUAGUAUGAACAAUCCUAGCCACCAUAUAAAUCAUUCCAGUCAUAAUGUUAUGAAUAAAAAUUGUGGGAAUAAAAGAAAUUACACAUCCAACAAUUCGGGGGAUUAUAACGAGAGCGUAAAAAGUAAUAAUUACUACAACCAUGCAGGUAAUAAUACGAAUUAUUAUAAUAGUAAUAAAAAUAGCAUUUCAAGUGAAAAUUUGAAUAAACAAAUUAAAAAAGGAGCAGAGGGAGGAGAUGCAGAUAAUGUAAGAUAUUCCAUUGAUAAAACAGAAGAGGUGGAAAAAAAAAAUCCAAAUAUGAUAAAUAUUGAAAUGUUAAAUCCAGAAGAUCGAAAAAAAGAAGCGGAGAAAUAUAAAGUAUUAGGUAAUCAAAGUUAUAAACUAGGUUAUUUUGAAUCAGCUAUUGAUUAUUAUACAAAAGCUAUACAAUAUGAUAAUACAAAUCAUGUAUAUUAUACAAAUAGAGCCUUAUGUUAUAAAAAACAAAAAUUAUGGAAACUAGCAAAUAUGGAUGCUAGACAAGCAUUAAAUUUAGAAGAAGAAUCGGUUAAAGCGCAUUUUAUUCUUGGAUUAACCUUAUUACAUCUAAAUAGUUUAGAAGAAGGAUUAAAAAAAUUAACAAAAGCUAAAACGUUAUCAAGUUAUUUAAAAGAUUCAAAUGAAAGUGAAAUUAAUAGAUAUAUUAUGCAAGCCAAAAAAUUAAUUUAUUUACGUGAUGAACAAAAUAAACAAUUGUCUUACACAGAAUUACAAUCUUUUUUUAUAGAUAAAAUUAAUUUAUUAAACCAAAUAGGCUAUAUAACGAAUGAAGAAAAAUCCUUAAGAAUACAACAAACGGAAGGAAUAUUUAAAGAAUUAUUAGAUUCGUUUCAAAAAAAACAAGUACCAGAUUAUUUAUGUUGUAAAAUAUCCAUGUGCCUAAUGAAUGAACCUGUUAUAACUCCUAGUGGUAUGACCUAUGAUAAAAUAUUUUUAUAUGAACAUGUCAAACAUAAUGGAUCCUUUGAUCCUGUCAGCAGGGAACAAUUUUCUAUACGUGAAGUCAUUCCAAACUAUGCUAUAAAAGAAGCCACAGAGCACUUUUUGAAGGCUAAUCCAUGGGCCUUCGAGGAAUGA